AUGAAGAUACUCUGCCUCCAUGGCUACGGGACAAGCCCCGAUGGCAUGAAACAUCAGAUGUCAGCGUUGAUGAAAGCAUGUGAUCCCACCUGGGAUUUUCAUUUCCUGGCAGGGAAAGUAAUUUGUCCACCUGCUCCAGGCAUCGAACACGCAGUUCCUGGUCCUUACCUUUGUUAUUCGACAGAGCUCGAUCCUGUCAGCAUGAGGGCCGCUCUUGUUUUGGUUAAAGAAACAUUUGACAGCGAAGGGCCCUUCGACGGAGUAUUUGGGUUUAGCCAGGGGGCCGGGGUUUUACUUGCUUAUCUGCUCGAGCAGAUGGAUAGAUAUCCAGAAAAACCUCUUCCCGUUCAAUUUGGGAUUUUCUGCUCCGCCAUACCAAUGAUUGCGACAGACCAAAUCUACUACCGCUCGGUGUUUGGCUCGCUCUCUACAGAGGACGAACAGCGUCUUCGCUCUGGUCAAGACGACCAAUUAUUCCAUCUCGCGGAACCAGCUCGAACAGUAAUCAAGCCAUUGGUCGGGGUUUUGGAUGUAAUGGAACCAGUUCUUCGCAGACCACGUACGAGCUUCCUAGAUCGCCAGCCGCUAGAAGUCCCGUGUGUGCUGAAACCAGAGCUAUACAAGGCGCGUCUACCUAUUCCAACACUUCAUGUUCGCGCGAGAAAUGACCCACAAGCCUUGAAAGAGUGCUCGAUGUUGGCUGAGUCAUUCUGCCUCCCUAAAUGGCGACGAUCUUUUGAACAUAGCGCCGUGCAUAGCCUCCCACGUUCUAUGAAUGAUGUGCAGAAUAUGGUAUCUGCUAUGCGAUGGGUUAUUGCACAAGGCCAACGACCGAAGUUAUAG